UCGUGUCGCAGUCUCUAAUCUCUGCUGUUGCAUGUCCUGGGCAGGCAAGCGUGGGCGACGCAGCAGUGCAGGAUCGCUAGACAGCAAUAUGGAAGGGUCCAUCAUUAGCAGUCCUCACAUGCGCCGAAGAGCUACAUCAACCCGAGAGUGUCCAUCUCGCCCUCACCAGACUAUGCCCAACUCCUCCUCACUCCUAGGGUCCCUGUUCGGUAGCAAGAGGGGCAAGCCCCCCUCGCAGAGCCACGCGGCCGCGCAGACCCCGCACCACGCGGAGGGCGCGGCCGCCGCGCCGCACCCGCACCACGCGCAGUUCUGCCACCAGAACCCGCCGCCCUACCACCACCACCACCACUACCACCCGCCCCCGCACCCGCACCCGCACCAGUACCACCAGCACGGGCACGGCCACGGGCACGGCCCCUACCUGCCGCACGCCCCGCACCACGGCCCGCACCACGGCCCGCACCACCACGGGCCGCCCCCGCCGCCCGCCGCCGCCAGCACCAAGCCCAAACACAGCGGCAUCAGCACCAUAGUCUAGGCCUAAAGACCCUCCUCGUGACUCUAGUUCCAAACCCAGCUGCAAAGGCACUUAGAGGAAGCAACAAAAUCACACCGUCAGUUUUUACCCAGGCCGUUUAAUGAGCUUAAAGGCUUGCUGUUACUAAAUAAAAUAAUUCCAGUUA